UUCGAGUGUGAACAAAAUCUUACCAUUUAAUUGUUUAUUUUUUUAUUAUUAUUUACAAGGUGGAAUAUAUGUUGGUAAAAUUUGACCAUGAGAAUAAGAAAGUGCGCUUGGUGCUCUGUGGUGAAGAAGUUCUUAAAACCCUGCAAGACAAGGGGGAGAAGGUAAACCCCAAUCACCCAACACUCUGGCGACCAGAAUAUGGAAGCUACAUGAUCGAAGGGACGCCUGGGCAGCCAUAUGGUGGAACCAUGUCUGAAUUCAACACUGUGCAAGACAACAUGAGGAAAAGAAGGCAAGAGGCUGCCUCUGUGCUCAAAGAAAAUGAGGCUGUUUGCACUGUGACAUCGUUUCCAAGGUUAGGGUGUCCUGGGUUUACGCUGCCGGAAUAUAAGCCAACGCCUGUAGAGGGAGGAGCUUCAAAAUCCCUCUUUUUUCCAGAUGAAGCAAUCAAUACACAUCCUAGAUUUAGUACACUGACCAGAAACAUUCGGCACCGAAGAGGAGAGAAGGUUGUGAUAAAUGUACCAAUAUUUAAAGAUAAGAACACACCAUCACCAUUUAUUGAAACGUUUCCUAAUGAUGAUGGAGAAGCAGCAAAGGCAGCCAAGCCAGACCAUAUAUACAUGGAUGCUAUGGGUUUUGGAAUGGGAAACUGUUGUCUUCAGGUAACAUUCCAGGCUUGCAGCAUUUCUGAGGCAAGGUAUCUCUAUGACCAGCUAGCCACAAUCUGUCCCAUUGUGAUGGCAUUGAGUGCUGCAUCUCCAUUCUACAGAGGCUACGUGUCAGAUAUUGACUGUCGCUGGGGAGUAAUCUCUGCAUCUGUAGAUGAUCGAACACGAGAAGAGAGGGGACUGGAGCCACUGAAGAACAACCAUUAUAGAAUCAGUAAAUCCAGAUAUGAUUCCAUAGACAGUUAUCUAUCUGAAUGUGGUGAGAAAUACAAUGACAUUGAUUUGACAAUAGACAAAGAUAUCUACGAGCACCUAAUAAAGGAAGGCAUUGACCACCUUUUGGCACAGCAUAUUGCACACUUGUUCAUUCGAGAUCCAUUGACUUUGUUUGAGGAGAAAAUACAUCUAGAUGAUGCAAAUGAAUCCGACCAUUUUGAGAAUAUUCAGUCUACAAACUGGCAGACAAUGAGGUUUAAGCCACCUCCUCCAAAUUCAGAUAUUGGGUGGAGAGUUGAAUUCAGACCUAUGGAGGUCCAGUUAACAGACUUUGAAAACUCUGCGUAUGUUGUCUUUGUGGUAUUGCUAACCAGGGUGAUUCUGUCAUACAAGCUGGAUUUUCUUAUUCCUUUGUCCAAGGUGGAUGAAAACAUGAAGGUGGCCCAGAAAAGAGAUGCUGUCCGGCAGGGAAUGUUCUACUUCAGAAAAGAUAUUUGCAAAGGUGGAAACGCGGUUGUGGAUGGAUGUGGCUCUGCACAGAAUGGGACAGGCACUGAUGCAGAAGAGUACGCCUUGAUGAGCAUUGAUACCAUUAUCAACGGGAAGGAAGGAGUCUUUCCUGGUUUGAUCCCAAUUUUGAAUUCCUAUCUUGAAAACAUGGAAGUGGAUGUGGAUACAAGGUGCACCAUCCUAAACUACCUGAAGCUAAUAAAAAAGAGAGCAUCUGGAGAAUUAAUGACAGUUGCUCGAUGGAUGAGGGAAUUUAUCGCACAGCAUCCAGACUACAAGCAAGACAGUGUGAUUACUGAUGAAAUGAAUUAUAGCCUUAUUUGGAAAUGUAACCAAAUCGCACAAGGCCAGGCAGAGUGUCCUGAACUACUGGGGGUAGGAUUUAAUAAGAAACAAAGUGGAAGCAAAACUGGCUCUUUGUAAUGAAUGAAUGUUUUUUAACUAACAGAAAGCUUAAGCCUUUUAGCAAAGCACUAGCGAAGAUACUGUGAAUCUGGUACAGUUUCAUGGUGUGAAGACCAAAACAGGGAUACUGCACUAUAAAAUGGGCCAAUCUGCCUAAAUACUCGUUUAAGGCAUCCUGAAAUGGGCAUAUUCUUAUUGUUAAGGUUUAUACAAUGUACAUGUAAAUAGUAAAAUAUUUUUUAUUAACAUCAAUGUAUUUUAAUAAUAUUGUAUCUAAAGUUAUUGUGAAUUAGCUUGUAACUUUUUUAUGCUUAUACUAGAAAGAAAAAUUGUCCUGAACGGCUUUGUAAAUGUAAUGAUACUUGUAUAUUACAUGCAUUCCAGUUACUGAAUGUUUACUGUAAUUUUUUUUCACCUGGAAUGUGCUAAGUAAUCUACCU